UAAAUUCACACACCCACAGAGAGACACCCACAGAGAGAGAGAGAGCAAACAUCUUUCGUAGCUGCCGUACGUGGAACCAAAUAUGACAAGGCUAGGGGGUUCACUAGAGGUGCCUAAUGUCCAAGAGCUGGUGGCUAAGGAGCCUCUCACCACCUUACCACCAAGGUACAUCCGUCCUGAUCAAGACCCUCCACUACCCCUAGCAUCUGCUGCAGUUGGCUCCAAUUCUUUACCUGAGGUUCCAGUCAUCGACUUGGAUAGCCUACUUUGUGGAGAUCAUGAGGCGGCCAAUUCAGAGCUGGAGAAGCUUCACCAUGCUUGCAAAGACUGGGGAUUCUUUCAGUUGAUACACCAUGGAGUGAGCUCUUCACUGGUGGAGAAACUCAAGUUCGAGAUUCAAGAAUUUUUCAAACUGCCAAUGGAAGAGAAAAAGAAGCUUUGGCAAGAGCCAGGAGACCUAGAAGGAUUUGGACAAGCCUUUGUUGUGUCUGAGGAGCAGAAGCUUGAUUGGGCUGACCUUUUUUACAUGGUCACCCUCCCAACUCAUGUGAGAAAACCUCAUUUACUUCCUAAUCUCCCUCUCCCAUUCAGAGACACCGUGGAAGCAUACUCUCUGGAAAUGAAAAACCUUGCCAUGAAGAUACUUAGCCUUAUGGCGAAGGCACUAAAAAUGAAGGAUGCAGACAUGAGGAACCUGUUUGGGGAAGGGAUGCAAUCAAUGAGGAUGAACUACUACCCUCCAUGCCCACAACCAGAGCUAGCCAUCGGUCUGUCCGCUCACUCAGAUGGCAUCGGGCUCACCAUCCUCCUCCAAGUCAAUGAAAUCGAAGGCUUGCAGAUAAAGAAAGAUGGAAUGUGGAUUCCUGUUGUACCACUUCCAGGUGCUUUUAUUGUCAACAUUGGAGACAUGUUGGAGAUUGCGACCAAUGGAAUUUACCGGAGCAUCGAACAUCGAGCAACUGUUAACCGAGAGAAAGAGAGGCUCUCCGUAGCCACAUUUCUCAGUCCAAAACUCGAUGGAGAAUUGGGUCCGGCGCCUAGCCUUAUCACUCCAGAAAGUCCAGCAUUGUUUAGAAGAGUGAGUGUUGCAGACUUCUUCAGAGGGUAUUUCUCUCGUGAACUCCGCGGGAAGUCCUACGUUGAUGUCAUGAGGAUUCAAAGUGAAGAAGGCCGGUGUAAUUGAGCUAAUUCAAAUUAUGAUACAAAACACACAUUUCAAAGCUGUAUUCAAAUGAAUUUCAAACUAGAAUUGACGACUAUGCAUAAAAGUGGAAGUUGGAACACUACAAGGGAGGUUUAGGUUUUCGAUGUAACUAAAGAUCAAAGUUCUGUGCCUUCCUGGGUUUUCUUCUCUUGUUCAAGUACACCCAAUCUGCUUACUUCUACCCAGACUUUAUCGAGUUGGUCCGUUAUGGGGUACUU